AAGCGGCGGGAAGUUCGUACUGGGCAGAAGGCGACCGGCCUGCGUUUUGUGUGAAAAUGCCUCGUGUAAAAGCAGCUCAAGCUGGAAGACAGGGCCCUGCGAAAAGACAUCUUGCAGAACAGUUUGCAGCUGGGGAGGUAGUGACUGACAUGGGAAAAAAAGAAUGGAAAGUAGGAUUACCCAUUGGCCAGGGUGGCUUUGGCUGUAUAUAUCUUGCUGAUACAAAUUCUUCAAAAUCGGUUGGCAGUGAUGCACCCUGUGUUGUAAAAGUGGAACCCAGUGACAAUGGACCUCUUUUUACUGAAUUAAAGUUCUACCAGCGAGCUGCUAAACCAGAGCAAAUUCAGAAAUGGAUUCGUACCCAUAAACUGAAGUACCUGGGUGUUCCUAAGUAUUGGGGGUCUGGUCUUCAUGAUAAAAAUGGAAAAAGUUAUAGGUUUAUGAUAAUGGAUCGCUUUGGGAGUGACCUUCAGAAAAUAUAUGAAGCAAAUGCCAAAAGGUUCUCUCGGAAAAGUGUCUUGCAACUAGGCUUAAGAAUUCUGGAUGUUCUUGAAUAUAUUCACGAGCAUGAGUAUGUACAUGGAGAUAUCAAGGCCUCAAAUCUUCUUCUGAGCUACAAGAAUCCUGACCAGGUGUACUUGGUAGAUUAUGGCCUUGCUUAUCGGUACUGCCCUGAUGGAGUUCAUAAAGAAUACAAAGAAGACCCCAAAAGAUGUCAUGAUGGCACCAUUGAAUUCACCAGCAUUGAUGCACACAAUGGCGUGGCCCCAUCACGACGUGGUGAUUUGGAAAUACUUGGUUAUUGCAUGAUCCAGUGGCUGACUGGCCAUCUUCCGUGGGAGGAUAAUUUGAAAGAUCCUAGAUAUGUUAGAGAUUCCAAAAUUAGAUAUAGAGAAAAUAUUGCAAGUUUGAUGGAAAAGUGUUUUCCUGAGAAAAACAAACCAGGUGAAAUCGCCAAAUACAUGGAAACAGUGAAAUUACUGGGCUAUACUGACAAACCUCUUUAUCAAAAUUUACGAGAUAUUCUUUCACAAGGACUGAAAGCUAUAGGAAGUAAAGAUGAUGGCAAACUAGACCUCACUGUUGUAGAGAAUGGAGGUCUGAAAGCAAAAACAAUAACAAAGAAGCGAAAGAAAGAUAUUGAAGAAAGCCCAGAAUCUACUGUUGAAGAUAUGGAAUGCUCAAAUACACAGACAGAGGAGGGCACACAAACCCGUUCAAGAACCAGGAAGAGAGUCCAAAAGUAAUUCACAUGCUGUGAAUUUGAAGUUUUCUCUUCUUUCUUUUCUUCCUUUUCACCUGAUUUUUUUUUCUCCUUUGCUAUUUGAAAUGUUUUAUUUUCGUGAGAGUCUUGUAGGAUGGGAAUAACAAAUACCAUUGUCUUCAGAAAACAUAAGUUUUUUUUUAUUAAAAUACUUUGUACAAUUUAUUAAAGGCUAAUUUAUGAAAUUCCAUAAUCUUCAGGUUAUACUCUUUAAGCUAUUCCAAGAUACCUGUGUUUAAGAUUUUGAAAGACAUCUAAGAAAAAUUACUAUGACAUACACUUUUCUAAUUGUUGUACAUUUCCCAGAAUGGAUAAAAAUGUUUGAGAAAAUUCUCACUUUUAAGGAAAUCCAAACUUAAAAUAAAAAUAUCUUUUGUUUGAAAAAAAUACA